CACAAAACUCUUCCUUCCGGGAGGGGUCCUAAUGAGAUCGUUUCCUUUCACCUCAGUGACCAAGCAGGAGACGCCAACGACGCCUUCUCCCACCACAGCUAGCACCAGCUCAAAGACAACCACACCUAAGCCUCCCAUAGAGCAGACGUUCACCAUCACUUACCACAUCACAAUGAAUUUUACUGAGGACUUGUUGGAUUCGUCCUCCGAAGCAUACCGCAGCCUGAAUGAGAGAAUUGGGAAGAUGUAUGAGGAAGUUUUCAACUGCUCGGGAUGCCCUGAUGAGGGGAAAUAUAUGGGAUACACGGUGAAUUCUUUCAGUAGCGGUUCAGUGCUGGCAGAUACAACGGUACGCUUCCAGGAAAGUGCAGGUGUUUCCGCCGAUAAUCUCAGCACUGCUCUGAGCGACGCACCUGAAGACAAACGGCAGGGUCUCAACCUGACUCAGAUCGAAGUGACCAAGCAGGAGACGCCAACGACGCCUUCUCCCACCACAGCUAGCACCAGCUCAAAGACAACCACACCUAAGCCUCCCAUAGAGCAGACGUUCACCAUCACUUACCACAUCACAAUGAAUUUUACUGAGGACUUGUUGGAUUCGUCCUCCGAAGCAUACCGCAGCCUGAAUGAGAGAAUCGGGAAGAUGUAUGAGGAAGUUUUCAACUGCUCGGGAUGCCCUGAUGAGGGGAAAUAUAUGGGAUACACGGUGAAUUCUUUCAGUAGCGGUUCAGUGCUGGCAGAUACAACGGUACGCUUCCAGGAAAGUGCAGUUGUUUCCGCCGAUAAUCUCCGCACUGCUCUGAGCGACGCAUCUGAAGACAAACGGCAGGGUCUCAACCUGACUCAGAUCGAAGUGACCGAGCAGCAGACGCCAACGACGCCUUCUCCCACCACGACUAGCACCAGCUCAAAGACACCCGCACCUAAGCCCCCCAAAGAGAAAACGUUCACCAUCACUUACCACAUCACAAUGAAUUAUACUGAGGACUUGUCGAAUCCGUCCUCCAAAGCGUACCAGAACCUGACUGGGAAUAUCGGGAAGAUGUAUGUGGAUGUUUUCAACUGCACAGGAUGCCCUGCUGAAGGGAAAUAUAUGGGAUACAAGGUGAAUUCUUUCAGAAAUGGCUCAGUGCUGGCAGAUACAACGGUACGCUUCCAGGAAAGUGCAAGUGUUUCCGCCGAUAAGCUCCGCACUGCUCUGAGCAACGCACCUGAAGACAAACGGCAGGGUCUCAACCUGACUCAGAUUGAAGUGACCUCAGACGCCACGGAACCCCCCAACCCCCCGCCCUCAACAGCAACUUCCCCCCCGGCAACCACCUCAACGACAACCUCGACUACAACCACUCCCAAUCACACAGAGACUGUCCCAGGCUGGGGCAUUGCUCUCCUCGUCUUAGUUUGCAUCCUUCUUCUCCUGGCGCUCAUCGCCUUCCUGAUCCUGAUCAUCUACUGGUGUCGACGGAAUCACCGGGGGAAGCUUGAUUUGCUCAGCAACCAAGACUCCUACCAUGUCAUGAGUGAGUACCCGACGUACCACACACACGGGCGAUACGUUGCCCCCGGAAGCAAGCCUAACCCAUACAGCGAGAAUCUUCCCAGGAAUGGUAAUGCUCCCUUCUCCUACACCAACCCCACAAUGGCCAAUGAUGAACUGUAGGCGGAGCACACCCUACAAUUGGACUUGGCAAGGGGGGGUUAGCCAGAACCUGGCUGAGCCGGGUAAAUUCAGGGAUAUUGUUGGGCUUCGGUGUGAAUGUGGGAAGGAUGAGUUCUGCAAACAAGCUUGGAAAUAGCCACUCGCCUACUCACCUGUGGUGAGUUUCAAAUUGCCUGAAGGCGAACAAGCAGCACAAUUUCAACAACUGAAAGAAUCUCUUCUAUAGAUGUGCCAAAAAAAUCCACCCCUUGCAAAUGUGUGGUGAGCAAGCAACCCUCUCCAAAGCAAUGAGGACAACUAGAGAAUGCUUUGCAAAGCUAGCUGUGUCCCUCAAGCCUGGAAUGUUAUGCUCUGUCCAGCGGAACUCCCUGUCACAAGGAUCCCACCAGGGCUCAAAAGAUCAAUGGGAGAUUCUCUUGCACCGGACAAAUUAACUAAGAAGAUGAGGACGAGAGGAAACCACCUAAGCUGCUGAACUGUAAAUUCUGAGUUUCCAGACUAUUUUCCCCAUCACCACUAUGAAAAAGUUGAACUUUUUUGCUUUUACUUUUACUAAUUAAUUUUAUUUUUAUUAAUAUUAAUAUUCUAUUAGUGAUUUUUGUAAAAAAAAUUCAAACUGCUGCAAUAUAGGAGAUCAACAUGUACAUAAAUAUGCAGGUCCUGCUUUCUGAACGCUCACUCUGCAAGAAUUCACUUAUCCAAACAUGAGGAAUUACUACCCAAACCUCGCUAUACACAUUGCAAAUUCAGAUAUGCAAACAGAGAGCAUUUUUUUACUUCCUUGUUUGCCUUUUGCUGGUUGGCUGUGGAACAGAACUGAACCGUAGCGAUCUGUAUUUUUAGUAAGGUUUCAGAGGGUUUUCCUAAGGGGUGGGUUUGAUUUGUAUUUAUUUCUUAUGGCUUUUAGAGGCCAAACUUCCAUGGCUGGGAACACAUUAGAAAUUCCCCCAUAGGAAUCAAUGGAAAUCGUUGACUCCUUAUAUGAACUCUUGCCUCCCAAACGAUUUCCAGGGGACGCAUUGUGUUCAGAUAGUGGGACCUGAAUGUACUGCCUUUUGGGGGAGAUUUGUCAGAUUAGGAUGCAAAAUCUCAACCCCCGUGAAACCUGGGAGAGGGCAGAGUGCAAUAAUCAAAAUAGCCGUGCUCCAAUCUUUUCUCCCCCACAAUCCUGCUCCACACAUGGAACAAUCCUUGCUCCAGACAACCUUGCCAUCUCUGAAUACUACCGGUAGUUGCCAGGAAUCACACGUGAUGAGAAUCGCUGUUGUGCUCAUAUCCUCCUUGUGAGCUUCUUGUUGGGGCAUCUGUGAGAAUAGGAUACAGGAUUAGGUGGGCCAUUGCCCUGAUGCAGCCGGGCUUUGCUUAUGUUCUUAAGCUACAGCAUGUUCCCCCCCAAGUGAGAAUACAGAGGGGCAAGUUGCGUCUUGACCUUAUUUCCUCCACCUCAACACGAAAAAGUUCCAGAGGAGUCAAACCCAGACGCAUGAAGGAACAAGAUUAACCCAAAAUAUUUAUUUAAGGUGGAGAGGAGAAGAGUGUGCCCUUUCUUGCCAACCCAGGAUCCUUAAGCCUCAAUGCUGGGGUUACCUCUCCCCCCCCCCAAAAAAAAUUUCCUAUGCUUCCAUAGGGAUGCUGUCGUUCCAAAUCUGCAUUGUACAGGAGAUAGUCCACAGUCCUCUCCAUACAGGUGUCUAACCAGUCAGCAUUGUAAUGCUAAAUGCUUUGGAGGGGAGGUUUUUGAAAGCCAAAUUUGGCAACUGCCUUAUCUGCAAAUCCUGGUGCUCGUGGGUGGUGUCUCAGUGGACAGUUUUGUACAACAGCAAACCUCAAAAUUCUUGGGUGAAGGGUUUUGGAGUUGUGGAGGGAGGCAAAGAGGGAGUGGGGAGGAAGAGGAAGUGCCGUGGCUUCUGUGUCAAAUUCUGUAUUUAUAACAUUUAACAAUAAACGGAUCUACGUUGGUAUUGA